GUCAACAGCACUCACCCGUUCAUCAUGAUGAAGCUCAUCAUUUCCCUGACUCUUUUCUGGGCUCUCUGCAGCACAGCCGGAGCUCUUCGGUGUCACACCUGCACAGAUGAGACAUGUUCAACCACAACACCCCAAACGUGUUCCACAGAGACGAUGUGUAUAUCAGCAGCCAUUGAAGGAACUUCAUCUGGAACUGCACUCCCGCAAAUCUACAAAGCAUGUGCUCCGUCCUCCCAGUGUCCAGCCACAGGACCUCAGACAUUUUCAGUCAACUUGGGUGGUUCAAGUGCACUUGUAUCAGCUACGUGCUGCAACACAGAUAACUGCAACAGAGAUAGUGUAGCUUCUCCUACUACUCCGGCAGAUAACAGCCUCCAGUGUAAUUCUUGUUCAACCUCUGCAUGCACGACACCAUUACAGUGUAAGGGGACAGAGGACAUGUGCUUUCAGGCAACUUGUGCCAGGCAAGUGAGGGCCAGGUCCCCGGCUGUAGAGCAGCAGGCGCAGUGGUGGCCCGAGGCCCAAAUCAGGAAUUCUCUCGACCAGACCCCGCCCCCAGUGCAGCACAGCAACAGGGGUGCAACAGGUACCCAGGCAACCACCAUGAACCCACACCGACCAGUCGAGUAA